CGCGGGGCGGGGCGGUGCCUGCGCGGGCGCGGAGGUGACUUUGCGCUCGCCGCUGGAGCCGGCGGUCGCCAUGGCGCAGGCCGCGCAGAGGCUGGUGCAGCGCGUCGCCGCCCGGGCCCCGCAGCUCCUCUCCGCUGCUGUGACCUACUCAAAGCCCCGCUUGGCCACGUUUUGGUACUAUGCUAAGGUCGAGCUUGCACCUCCGACUCCGGCUGAGAUUCCCCAGGCCAUCGAUAGCAUAAAAGCUAUGGUCAGAAGCUUCCAGUCCGGCCGCCUGGCACAGCUCACAGUCAGGGAAGCUCUGAGGAACGGUUUGGUGGCCACAGAGGUGCUGAUGUGGUUUUACAUUGGUGAGAUCAUAGGCAAAGGCGGCCUGAUUGGAUACAAUGUUUGAAGACAGUCCUCAGCGGUCUGAUGUUUGCUUCCUUGUGCCCCAAGCCUGUAACAGUAUCUAAGAAAAUAAAACCCGGAACUGGUGUGGAA